AUGGGUCUCGAUUGGAUCGCAGCUUUCGAUUUAUGGCAAUGCAGUCUCAAUAGCUUCUGUUCCAAGAUCCAUUCUCAAGCAGAUUCGACGCACUUUGAUAUAUCCUUCAUUAAAGAAAAUUUUAAUUUCUUUUCCUCUCAAUUAGGUCGCUGCAUGAAAACUAAAGUCAAACUGAAUUUAAAAAAUAAUUCAAAACCUAUUUUCAGACCUAAGAGACCGGUUGCUUACGCAAUUUUACCUUUAGUCGACGCAGAGCUUACAAGACUGGAACAAAAUGGAAUCAUUUCACCAAUCAAGUAUUCAGACUGGGCAACUCCAAUAGUUGUAGUAAGAAAAAAAAAUGGAAAGAUUAGGAUCUGUCCGGAUUUCUCAACUGGACUUAACGAAUCAUUGGAACCUAAUCGUUAUCCACUUCCAUUACCAGAUGAAAUAUUUUCGCAACUGUCAAACUGUAAGUAUUUCAGCCAGCUAGAUUUGUCAGACGCAUUUCUUCAAAUUGAAAUAGAGGAGCAAUCAAGGCAUCUUCUAACAAUCAAUACUCACAGAGGUUUAUACGUUUAUAAUCGUUUACCUUUCGGAGUCACCAUAGCUCCAGGUGAAUUUCAAUCAAUCAUGGAUUCAAUGAUAUCUGGACUAGAAAACGUUUUUGCUUAUAUUGAUGAUAUUGUUGUGGGUGGAGCUACAGUUCAAGAGCAUAAUCAAAACUUAACUUAUUUAUUAGAGCGAAUAAAGGAUUAUGGUCUACAUCUGCAAAUAGAGAAAUGUUGUUUCUUUACUACACAGAUCAAUUAUCUGGGUUAUGUCAUCGAUGGACAAGGAUUACAUCCAGAUCCUACAAAAGUCGAAGCAAUUAAAAACAUGCCUGAACCACAUAAUUUAACUACAUUACGUUCGUUUUUAGGAGCAAUCAAUUAUUAUGCACGUUUCAUUUCAAAUAUGCACAUUCUUAGACGUCCUUUGGAUAAUCUUUUAAAAAAGGAUUCUAAAUGGAACUGGUCUCCAAAAUGUCAAGAAUCUUUUAAUCAAUUUAAGAGAAUUCUUUCUUCAAAGCUCUUAUUAACUCACUACAAUCCUCAGCAUGAGAUUAUUGUAGCAGCAGAUGCUUCAAAUGAAGGAUUAGGAGCAUGCAUUCUUCAUAGAUUUCCAGAUCAUUCGAUCAAGGCAAUCAGUCACGCCUCAAGGAGUCUCACAGAAGCAGAACGUAAAUACAGUCAAAUUGAAAAAGAGGCAUUAGCAAUCAUUUUCGCAGUCACGAAAUUUCAUAGAAUGAUUUUCGGAAGACAAUUCAUCCUUCAAACGGAUCACAAACCAUUACUUCAAAUAUUUGGUAACAAAAAAGGAAUUCCGUCGCAUACAGCCAACCGUCUUCAACGAUGGGCACUUCAAUUAUUAUCUUACGAUUUUAAAAUCGAAUACAUCAAGACGACAGAAUUUGGACAUGCGGAUGUUUUAUCAAGACUAAUCAGUCAUCAACAACGUCCUGAAGAGGAUUUUGUAAUCGCUUCUGUCAAAAUGGAAACAGAUUUAUUCUCAGUCCUCAAUGAAUCACUUCAGUCCUUUCCAAUCACAUUUCAACAAAUCAAGGAAGCAACUAAAGAAGAUGACAUCUUACAAAAAGUUAUCAACUUUACUUUGAAUUCAUGGCCUCAGAAUGUAGAUGAUUCGGAUUUACAACCAUUUUUCCGCCGUCGAAACUCACUAACCGUGAUUCAAGAAUGUCUUCUUUUCAACGACAGAGUUGUAAUUCCUCAACAAUUCCAUCAACAAAUUCUCAAACAAUUGCAUAAGGGUCAUCCUGGAAUGGAGCGAAUGAAAAUCAUAGCACGUUCAUACGUAUAUUGGCCAAGGAUAGAUCAGCAAAUAGAAGAAUUUGUCAGAAAUUGCAGAAAUUGCACACUCGCCGCGAAAUCACCUAUCAAGGUACCAUUAUCAAGCUGGUCUCUUCCUGAAAAACCAUGGCAAAGAGUUCACAUAGAUUUCGCAGGACCGUUAAAUGGAGAAUAUUAUUUUGUUUUGGUCGAUGCCUUUUCAAAAUGGCCUGAAAUAGUUCCAACGCAAACAAUCACAGCUCAGCGAACUAUUGAUAUUCUUCAAGAAAUUUUUGCAAGAUUUGGUGUCCCUGAAAGUCUAGUUUCAGAUAAUGGAACUCAGUUCACUUCAGAAAAGUUUCAAAACUUUUGUCUUUUGCAGGGAAUCAAUCAUCUGCAUACUCCACCGUUUCAUCCAAGUUCUAACGGACAAGCAGAACGUUUCGUAGAUACAUUUAAACUGGCACUUUCAAAAUGCGAGACAGAGGGGAAAGAAGUCAAGGAACAUCUCUGCACUUUCUUAUAG